AUUUCCCAGUUGGACAUUUCUGCAAAUGCAAGACACCAACAAAUAACACAUAACCAUCAAGAAAGGAGCUUGCCCAGGGCAGCAUUUGGAAACAAUUCUGGGGAAACUGUCGGAAAUGAGUUUUUCUCUGAACUUCACACUGCCGGCCAACAUGAGACAAUAAUUGUCAAAAGCCCAAGCCCCGGGGACUCCAGUGUGCUCACUGAGUUGACAAGAGGAUUAAACAUACAAUUAAAUACCUAACAAAGCCUUGCCAAGUUUAAAGGAAUGACAAAAGCUUACACUUCCGGUGCUCAUGUGAUCCUCAUAACAACCCUAGAGACAUCCUCCCCAGUUGUAACGGAUGGGCCAGAAGCAGACUGUGGGCCAUCUCUCGGGCUGGCAGCAGGCAUCCCAUCCCUGGUGGCCACCGCCCUGCUGCUGGCUUUGGUACUGACUCUGAUUUGCCGACGAAGGAGCAGCCACAGAGAGGCCACUGAGGAAAGUGAGCAGCCAUGUGAAAUUUCAGAAAUCUAUGAUAAUCCCAAGAUAGCUGAGAACCCUAGCAGGUCCCCCACACAUGAGAAUAUGAUGGGAGCAGAAGAAACCCACAUCUAUGUGAAAACUGUGUCAGGAAGUGAGGAACCUAUGCGAGACACUUACCGUCCUACCCGAGAAAUGGAGAGAAGGAGGGGACUGUGGUGGCUGAUGCCCAGACUGAGCCUGGAGUGAUGCAGCCCCAGCUAGGAGUGGAUCUGGAUCUGGAACACAGCUGAACUCCAGAGAUUUAUGAGGAGAGAUGCCAAGUCAUUUUUUAACCAAUCCAAAUUUCAUUGACAGACCUGGACAACGAGAGGUUGAUCUGUCUCAAGGUUUGUCCUAAUUCUAAGCUCUCAUGAGGUGACUCUCCAUCCAGAGGAGCCCUUGGAUGCUGUUGCUGGUCCCAGAGAAAUUUUAAUUUUAUUGGUAAUUUGGGCAAAGGAUUUGAUGUCAUAGUGUCUUGCUGUCUCAUCUUUUCUCAAAAGACAAACAACAAUAACAACAAAAAACAUCAUACUUGGCACCCAUGGGACGUUGGCCAAGUCAGCCUGGUGCAAGUUGGGAUAUAAAUGAAACUUUUUUUUCUUUUCUUCCUCCCUAGUUUGGGUUUUCCAUGUAAAGAAAGGUGGUCUGUUUUUCUUUUUUGCCUUGCUUGAUCAUUGCAUUUAAUUUUUUAUUUAUUUUUGAAACUAUAAAUGAAACUUAAGGGAGAUGUAUGAGGGGAAGCAGUUCCUUAUUUCUGAACUUCUCAGGAUAGAAAUCACAUGGGGCCACACAUUCUCUCACCACGAGGCGGCACACGGCUGGAUCACGCCCUAUGCACAUUUAAAUACUCUACGAUCAGAGUGUUUAAGGAAGGCAAUUCUGCAAAGGGCUGUGCAUGUGUGUGUGUUUGUGUGUGUGUAGAAGAUAAAUAGGGUAAAGGGAAGGCAAAGUUUAUUUUAUAAAAUUAGUAGAAAUGAAGGCUUUCCAUUUUGUGGGAAUGGUGAGAAAGAACCAAGUCCCCGCCCUAUAUGGGGAAAAACUGGUUGUCAAGAAAAGAUUAAGAAAACCGUGAGUGGAUGAGCAAAGGACAAAAGGUCAGGCCCAGCCGUCACGUGCCUGACAUCUGAGGGAAGCCUGUGGUCAAAUCAGCCAGCUCAGGCUUCAGUCUUGACUAUUACUUAUGCAAGGCAGCUUCCAGGAGUCCAGGUGCCUACAGAGAGCCAUUGCCACGAGCAGGACAAGCCUCCUGGUGGGAGAACCUGGAUUCAGGGCACCUGUGGCCCAUCCACCACUCCAUGCACCACUGUUCUCACACAGGACCUGCCACUGUUCUAAAACACGCUCUUCUCCACAUUGCCACAUGCCAACACAUGCUUUUCAAAUCCAACUUGUGAAAAUCAGUUUUGUGUUAAGUCCCUUCAGUCCAGUCACCUUGACAAACCCAUGUGGCCAUUUCUAAGCCCACAUGCCCAGUGAUCCGGUGCUUGUACUUCUCUUACAUGGUAAGAGGGCCCUUGAAUUUGCUAUGAACUUGACUGUGACCUAGGCCUUGGCACACAAGGUGUGAGCCCUGGGGUAGAUUGUGGACCACUGGAAGCCUCAGCGCUAUACUUACAAAACAGAGAUAAAAGUUCUCAUCCUCCUGCCCUCAGGACUGAUAUAUGCAUGUGAAUAAGCCUUAUAAUCUUUAAAGCAAGAUGUGACUUGUAUUUUGGGAUAUUUGUUUUAAUUCCACUUACAAUCUAUUGCUUGGAAUGAGGUACUAGAACUUAUUUUGGAAUAUAGUGAAAAGUAAAAUGGUCAU